AUGGACAAGUAAGAAUUAACGAGGCGAAAGUAACUUCUUUUAUAUCAAUCAUGUGUUGGGGAGGUUAGAGAAGAUAAAUUCGAUCAAGAACCGUUACCUAUGUCUCUUCUUUCUCGAUAGGAUUUUCAUCACUUUAUACUUUUAACCACCAUCCGUCGUUAGUAGUUUCUACUCACUUCUCAAUACUAUAUAAUUUAUUUAUUUUUCGUUUGAUGUCUAUACCCACAACCCAAAACAACUUGUGCCCUGCAUAACAUACUUUGGUAGUUAUAUAAGUACAUUUUUAAACCAUGAUUAUUAUUUUUUUUAAAAAAAGAUUUUUUUUCCUUCAUUGAUUUUAAUUCUAGUAUACCACCUUGAGAAGAAGGUAACUAAAUAGUAAUAUUAAUUAAUAAGUUGAGUCUCUUCUAUUGCUUUGAUAGCUUAGCAAAAAAUAAAAAUAAAAAAUCUCAUCAUCCUCCAUGACUCAACCACUUCUAAAACUAACCAAUUCCCUUCUCAUUUCCCCCAAUUUUUCACUCUCCGCCGCACACCGCCGCGUCGCCAUUGCCGUCGAUCUCAGUGACGAGAGUGCCUUCGCCGUUAAAUGGGCCGUCCAAAACUACCUCCGUCCAGGAGACGCCGUCAUCCUCCUCCACGUCCGACCAACUUCCGUCCUCUACGGUGCAGAUUGGGGAAGCACCUCCACCUCCCCUGCUCACAAAAUCGAAAGAGAUUAUGAAAUUUUCACCAACAAUAAAGCGACUGAAUUAGCGGUACCUUUAGUAGAAGCGAAUGUUCCGUUCAAAAUUCACAUAGUGAAAGAUCGGGAUAUGAAGGAAAGGCUUUGUUUAGAAGUGGAGAGGUUGAGAUUGAGUGCGAUGAUUAUGGGAAGCAGAGGAUUUGGGGAAAAUGAAAGCAGGGGAAUUGUUAGUAAAGGGAAACUUGGAAGUGUGAGUGAUUACUGCGUCAAAAACUGUAUUUGUCCUGUUGUGGUUGUUAGAUACCCACAACAAGAUGAAUAUGGCGACGGAGCAGUGGAGAAGAAGGCGGCGAUUGAGGCUGAGCUGCCACCGGUACCGGAGGAGGAGCACGAGUAUCAUGAUGCUGAUGAUGAGCUAAAAGGUGAAUGAUCUAACGCUGUGAAAUAGAUGGUUAUCUUGAUGUCUACAUUUUCUUGCUGCACGAUGUAUUUUUGUUUUAUAUAUUGCUUAAAUUACCAAACAAAAAUAAUAUUUUUAAAAUUAUGUUGGGUUUUAAGUAUGGCGAGUGAAUAGGAAAGGGAAUGAAAGACAAUUAUUAUAUUUUGUAUGGAAAAACACUUCUAGCUCUUAGGGAGUUAAGACCGUUGAAUGAUAAUGACAAAUAUAAAUUGAAUGAUGAGUUUUGUUUUAA